AUGGCCGACAUACUCGCCAUUACCUUGAACAUUCAGGCAGGACAGUUGACCAGAAAGGUGACUCAUGUGUCGAAGAAUGCAACAAUUCUCCAUCUGAAGGGACUGAUUGAAUUGGUUAUGCAUGUCAAAGCUAGCAGGCAGACUCUCAGCUUCAAUGGCCAAGUCUUGGACGACAAUCAAACUGUCGAAUUCUACAAUCUGACUGCAGAAGCCACAGUGAUGCUUGCCAUGACACCACUUGCCGGAGAUCCCAAUUUCCUUAUCAUGCUAGAGUCUGGCUCCAGGUAUCACCUUGUGAGUGUGAAGGAGACUUGGUUGGUUGAGGAUUUGAAGGCCAAGAUUGGAAGGCUCUGGGCUGUUCCUGCCACUGACGUUACUCUCAUGACUCGCAAUGGUGAAGAAAUGGAAGAUGGUUUUCCACUGUCUGCAUAUCUGGUUUCUGAGGAUUCUACUGUGGGAUUCAAAUUGAACUUUGGCUCCGUUUCGCAGAGCUUAUCUGCUAUCAAAAUAAGCUAG